AUGAACCGCCUUACCACGCUCUUCAACCCCCCCUCCACCCCCCUCCAAAUCCUCUCCGACCUCCACCUCGACCACCAAAACCAAUACCCCACCUUCCACAUCCCCGCCAGCGCCCCGACGCUCCUGCUAGCCGGCAACAUCGGCCGCCUCAUCGACUACCCGCUGUACCUCUCCUUCCUCGCGCGCCGCUGCGCCGUGCACGACAAGGUCUUCCUGGUACUCGGCGCCCUCGAGUUCAGCGGGCUGGAGUACACGGACGCGCUGCAGCUGGCGCACGGGCUGGAGGGGGAGCCCGCUACGCGCGGGCGGCUGGAGGUUCUGUAUCGGACGCGGGCGGAGCUGGGGCGCCCUGGGUCGGCUGCGGGGAUCGUGCUGCUGGGCGCUACGCUGUGGAGCGCGAUUCCCGCGGCGGACGAGAGCGCCGUGGUCCGCAAGUGCGCCGAGUUUGCGGCCGAGAGCGGCGUGGCCGAGUGGAGUGUGCAGCGGCAUAAUCGGGAGCAUGAGCGGGAUGUCAGGUGGUUGAAGCGCCAGCUUGGCAAGGCCGCGGCCCCGCGCGUUGGGGACGGUGGGGGGCGGGUUUCGCCGCUGCCGCAGCCGCUUGUCGUGGUUGUCACGGCGUUUGCGCCGGAUCGGAGAGAGGCGCUGGAGCCGUGGCAGGUCGAUGCCCCGUGGAGUUCGGCCUACGGGACGGAUCUGCUCAGUGGGGAGGAGUGGGCGGGCGUCAAGCUGUGGGUUUGCGGCACCACGGGCCGGACGUGUGAGUUCAAGAAGGGCGGCACUACGGUGGUGAGCAAUCAGCGGGGGAGGGAGGGCGAGCAUGUCACGGGCCUGCUGAAGGACGGGCUGUCGGAGAAGCAGAAGGCGGGGCUUUUCGACGUUAUGCGUGUCGCGAGGGUCUGA